AUGGCAUAUUUCCCAAGUAUCUGCUUGCUACUUCUUAUAGCAUCAACAAAAGAACUGAAUGCAUCAGAUCAGUCAUUUGCCCUAUGUGGUGAUCAAAAAGGCUUCAUACGCUGUUGGAGAGGAACAAAGAUUCAGAUCAUAUCCGCCAACUACGGACGAACAGAUAGACAAAUGUGUCCGGGUGGUAAAUCUGGUACAACUACCUGUCGUUCAAAGACGUCAGACCUCAAGGUGAAAUGGAACUGUAAUGGGUACCAGACAUGUCACCUUCAUGCUGCUGAUCAAUACUUUGGAGACCCGUGUCCUGAUUAUUCCAAAUAUCUGGAGGUCAAAUAUAGAUGUGUGAAGAGUCCAAAUCCGCAAACGAAUGUGAAAUCAAUAAUCGCCUUUAAUGCGUACAUCACAAAACAAUUGCAUCUACAUAGAAACACCCCCGUCAAUGUUGUAUAUGAUGGCGUUUAUUACAACAUCGGAAAUGCGUACAAUCCUCGAAGUGGUUUUUUCACAGCGCCAUCUGACGGACUUUAUGUGUUUACCUGGACAAGUCUUGUUAAAGUGAAAAAAAUCUUUGAUGCUAAAAUCCUGGUAAAUGGAGUGCAGAAAGGAUACGGAAACUGCAACAACGAGGCCAAUCCAGGUUAUGAAAAUUGUGCAAAUACUGUACCCUUGGUCCUGAAAGCUGGAGACAAGGUGAACAUAAGAACAACAAAUGCAAAUAACUUAAUUGACAGAUGGUCUAGUUUUAAGGGAUGGAGAGUUGAAUAA